UGCGCGUGCAACGCGCCUGCGCGUUCUCGUGACGUGUAAGCCCUGGAAAGAGGAACGAGGAGGGAAGAAUACGAUGUACAGGAGAAAAGGAAAGCGACGGGAAGAGCGAGCAAGGUAGAGUAAUAUAUAGAAGAAGAGGGAAGAAAACGAGGAAGGAAGAGAAACGAGCAAUAUGGCGAGUGCGGGAGUGGGACGGAGGGUAACCGAGGACGCAGAUGGUACGGAGUCCUCGAAAGAACCGAAAGAACGAAAGAGAGAACCACUGCGUGUUGCACCGUUCUACUCGAAAAACUUCGUAACCAUACGCUUUCCCCAUGACUAACAGGUGGAAGGCGUUUGAAACGUGCAGCUUUCCUCGAGAUUAGCAGGUGGAGGAUACUAUUGGUGCCUCGUGCCGCGGAUUAAUUCGAACCAGAUCUGGAGAAAUCACCUUCCCUUGUAGAAAGCAUAUGGACGACUUAGCGCGACGUUAAACCGCGCUUCAGUUGAAUUUUCAUGACGGAGAAUAUAAGCCAACCGACGCUGUUCGUUACAACACGAAGAUAUAGCAGUGGACACUUCUUGCAAAUUAUAUAUUAAAGAGGAACGAUUUUCCAACGGCACCAGAGAAAGAAAUUCUUGCUUUGAGGAAAGUUAUCGUCACAAAUAAGAAAGUAAUAUAGCUGCAGGAUCGAUAGACAGUAAAGUGUAGCGGAGAAUAUGUUUUAUUGAUGACUUAUUGCUCGAAUCGAUCGACGGUUCCACGGUAGCAAAUAGAGUAACAGUAUACAUAUGCUUCUUAGUCACUGAAAAUUAUAGCAUUAUCAUUCGCUACUGUUUGUAAAUAUAUAUUAAGAACUUUUUUCUAACUGUACUAAUUGUACUUUAGAAUUGUACUAAUUUUUCCACUGUCGAUCAUCAAAUAUAUUUGUUUCAAUUUUAUUACAUUAUCGAUGGCGUGAUUCUUGUUAUUCCUGUUAUUUAUGAAAUAAACACCAAGUGUAAUGGCAAUUAGAUACAACUACUCUUACAGAUGGUAGCUUACGUAAAGAAUAUGAAAUGACUUGCACGCUAUGAUUACUGCAGCGCAAACUUAAAACGAACGUCCAUGCCGUGCUAUUUAUUUCGCUCGAUAAUCGUUCAUGCAUACAAAAGCACAAUGUUUAAAAUAAAAUUUCAUGCUGUAUUUAGAAAAAUUCUAAAAGUGUAUUCUAUUUCGUUGUUAUCGUGAUUCUGUUACCGAAUGAGGUAAAGAAAGGUUUCAUAAACGUAUUGAGUAUUCUUUUACAAAUUUAUAAAUUCGGAUGAAUUCUUUUAGUUUUUAAUAGCUUCUUUACGAUAACAUUAUUAUGAUAAAAGAUUAUAACAUUUUUCAAAUUCGUAGGUAGACUGAUUUCAAAAAUAAAGGAUGUCACGCAUCAUCUUGUAAAAUCAAAGGAGGAAUAAGAAAUGCGUUUCAAAUCCAUCUACACGGAUAUUUCGGUGCUACUUUUCCUUCCACAAAACUCAUUUCUGUAUCCUUUAGACAGACUGCAAUAUCCAAAAUAAAUCUUUCAUAUGACCGAUCGAUUUUCAUGCUACGGAUUGAUGAAAAGACAACCUUCACGCUAAAAAAAUCGUUAAUAGAUACAUAUAAAUAAACUUUAAUGCUCUCUGUUAACCUAUAUUGAUUGUAAAUAUUUCUAUCUUUUAUUAAGUAAUUAUAUUGCAUUUCAAAUCAAAUAUUUUAACAAUUUUGGCGCAUCAACUCUGCCUGUUUUUCAUCAAUUAUGUUGAACUUAAAAGAUAUAAUUUGUUUCAAACAACAUCAGAAAUUAUAAAGAUUUGUAUAUACGUACAAUUGUAUUUAGUAAUAUUUUUAGGGUUUUUAGAAGCACUAUAUUUCUUAGAAUAUGAUGUCUUGUAGUAUACUCGUAUAAUAUAACAGUACCUCAAAUUGCACCGCAAAUUUAUCUAUUUCUAAUACCGAAUACUUAAUUUUAUUGGUUAGUUCUAUUUUGUCCAGUUUUCGAGCCAUUAAUACGAUUUAUUUAGAAAGGCAUGAUACUUAAUUGUUUCCAAUAUUAAGUAAUUGGAUUAAAAGAAAUUUUAUAUUUACUAUUAUUAUAUAUAUUACUCGUGAUAAUCUUACAAAUACGAAACAGAUUCGAGAAGCAAAUUUUUGGUCGUACCGAUGAAAACAUAGCUUGUCAUUAAGAAAUGGCGGGAAAGGUGGCAAAAUGUUUUGAUAAUCAGUCGUGACUUGUUGCUUAUAUGUACGAUGAACGCGUUAAGCUGACUAGAAAGUGGUCUUGAAAAUAUAAUUUUUUUUAGCGAUUAAGUUUUAACUUCUUCUGAGUUAAAAGUAAACAAUUUCUGUAUGUAAUUUGUAAGUAAUAAAGGUUAAUCAAAUACUUUUGAAACUGCUAAAAUAUUAGUUAUAUUCGUAUAAUUAUUAUAGUAAAUAAUUUUAUUUUAGAUAUUUAAAAUGGAUAACGAUAGUGAUUCUGACGUAAAUGAUAUUUUAAAUGAUCUCUUAGCUAAUGGUAAUACAGAAGAAAAUCAGGAAUUAUCCCAAAAAGAAACUCAAAAAGAAACUCAAAAAGAAACUCUUAAAGAACUAGACUUUAAUUUCUUAGACAGUACACCUAAAACAAUUGAUGAAAGUAAAUCUAUUAAUCCUCAGGAAAAAAGUGAAGUUUAUGAUGAUACCCUUGACUCUUCAGAUGAUGAAGACAGGCGUUACUUCGAGGAACAAAAAUAUUCCAAUUAUGGACGUGAUAUAAAAACUUUAUUAAAAAAAGAAACUAUUAAGAAAGAUGAGGAUAGACCACUUCCACGUGAAAGCAGCAGAACAUUUGAUUUUAGUGCAACAAAAACCAAUAAAAAUUUAAAUACAGUAACAAAUAACGCUAUUGUUACAUCAAAAGAUAUUUAUAGUGAUCCAUUUUUUGGAUUAAGAAUCGUUAAUCCAAUAAUCUCUUCAGCAGAACUGAAAGCACGUAUGAAUGAUAAAGUACCUGUUACAGUAUCAAAAAUAAAAUAUCAUCUUACACCAGAAAAAAUGGAGAAAGACUGGGUAAUUGCAGGAGUAUUAAUAAAUAAAUCUACACCAAAAACUUCUCAAAAAGGAAGUACAUAUGCUAUAUGGAAAAUAAGCGAUUUAUCUGAUAAUAUGAAUACUGUGUGCCUUUUUAUGUUUAGUAAUGCAUAUAAAACACUAUGGAAAACUACUAUUGGGACUGUGAUAGGUAUUCUUAAUCCAAAUGUCUUGGAAUCUAAAGACAAUUCUGAUUUAGCAACAUUAUCAGUUGAUAACCCUCAGAGGGUCAUGAUACUUGGUAAAUCCAAAGAUAUGGGGAAAUGCAAGUCCAGGAAGAAGAAUGGAGAACCAUGUAGUUCUAUUAUAAAUCUUAGUCGUUGUGAAUUUUGUUUAUAUCACAUCAAGCAAGAGUACAAGAAAUGCUCUCACAGAGCAGAAUUACAGGCAUUUAGUAAUACUCAGAAAUUUUCAAUAGAUAUGUUAAAACAAAAACCACAGCAAAAACAAAAAUCAUUUUUCAACAAUAUGCCUGAAUUUAAUGCCGUUGUUGCUGUAAAAAAUAAAAAAUUAGAAGAAAAAGAUGCCAAACGAUUGGCAUUACUUUCAGGAAGCAAGAAGAUUAAUGAUUCAACUAUUAAUAGUUUAGAUAAUAUAAAAAGUCGAAAUGUGAAAACAGAUAUACCAGGACAACAAAUAAAAAAAGACUUUGAACAGAUGAAUAAGUCGAGAGGUUGGAAAGCUGCUGUAUUAUCACAAACAUCUUCAGUCCACAAGGCAUCCUCUUCAUCUACGUUAAUAGAGUUAAAUUCCUGCAGAAAUAAUAAUAUAGGAAACAAAAAUUUGUCUUCUCUAUCUUCAAAUCCUCGCUUAGGUAUUGGUUGUCUUGGAGGAACGAUAGAUUUGUCAGAGCCUAUAACUAAAAGACAAAUUAACAUAGCUAAAAAUAAUGCUGUAAAAUGGAUCAAAGAAAAUGGGAAAAUUAAACCUAAAGAUCCUAACAAAGUACGUUUGAGUAAAGAAGAGAAACUAGAAAAGGGAAAAAAACGUCCAAGAGAAUCAGAAAAUGAUGAAAGGCAAGAAGCAAAGAAAUCAAAUGUACUAUCAGAUAAAUUUAAAGAAAUGAUGCAAACUAAAUCUGCUCAUACUGAUCUCAUUGAAAAAUCUUAUGAACAGGAGCAAGACAAAUAUUUCAAUAAGCUAGAAAUGAAAGAAAGAAUGGAAGAGAAAAUGUUGACUACUUAUAAGGUUCCUUGUAAAGCUGUUAGAUGUUUAAUUUGUAAAUAUACGUCUUUUUCUGCUUCUGAAAUGUGCAAAGAGCAGAAUCAUCCAUUGCGUGUUGCUGAUGCGGUGAAAAGAUUCUUCAAAUGUGGAGAUUGUGGAAAUAGAACAGUGAGUUUAGACAGAAUACCUUCGCAUAGUUGUAUAAAAUGCAGCAGUUCAAAUUGGACAAGGGCUGCAAUGAUGGAUGAAAGAAGAACAAAUGUUUCCGUCACCGCAUUAUCCAUUCGCGGAGAUGAAGAAACUUUUAUAGGAUCAACGACUAAAGAUGCCAAUCUUAAUCUCUUGGUACCAGAUAAGGAUGACAAGUAGUAUCAUUAUAAGUAAAAAUUUAUAAAAUAUUAUAUACAAGAGUGACAUCUUUGCUAUAAGUUUACAUCUAUUUAACUUUUAUAUUGUAUCUUAUAAGCAUAGAUAAUUGUUUGUAUUAUUGUCCUUAACAUCAAUACUUUUUUACUAUGUAAAAUACACAAGUAUAAAAAAACUCUGAUGUGAUGUAGCUAUAUGUAUAUAUAAAUGUAAUUUAAUAUUUUUACAAGACUAAUGUUACUUCAAAAGAAAUUAAAGGAAUAAAUAUAUUUAACUAUAUCCGUUCAAAUAUACAUACUAAGCAAAGAUAUCUGGGUACAUCCAGGUGUAAAAUAUAAGAUGUAUUUCAUAGAGUAUUCUCUCUUUUAUUAUAUUCUUUCAAUUUCUCUUCAUCUUUCUAUUCAAAUUUCUAUUCAAUAGCACCUCGUUCCAUAGGCGAAUAUGUAUGUCUUACCAAUAAUAUAAAGAAUUUUUUCUGUUACUUCAUGUAAGUAAAAUUCACGUAUAUAAAAGGGAGAGCAUUAACAAAAAUGUAAGAAGACGUUAUAAUUGGAACCCGGAAAUAUCUCUCAUUGUGAUCGGAUCCAUCACAGAGCAAAAACGUUAAAAUCUAUUUUUCCAUUCUAUCUCCACUAUUAUUUACCUUACUUUUUACAAUUCUAAAAUAUUUUUAAAUAGUUAUCUUGGAUGUGCCCUGUGAAAACAAAUAUCAUUGUGACAUUUUCGGGUUCUAAUAGCAACUUGUUUGCAUGAGAAACAUAGACUGUAUUUUUCACUUCUUAUUCACUUCUUCAUAUUCUAUUCUAUUCAAAUUCUUAUUAAAUUUUGAUAUUAACGAUACGUUAAUUUUCUUUGCGUAUAAAUUUUGUGUAAUGCGUAUGUGAAAAAAGGGAGAUUGGAAAUAAUGUUUAAUUAUCAAAUAAAUUGAAAAUAUUUUCGAAGAGAAGCAAAAGCGAUUAAAAUAUUUCAUUGUUAGUUUUACAAAAUUUAUAUUCUUCUCGAUUCCGUAUUAUUAACAGUAAAAUAAUAGUACAGUUUUAAUUGUUAAUAACUACCACAUAUACCAAACAUACAAAACAUAGAUAUAUGAGCUAACUACUUGAUAGAGUUAAAGAUAAUUAUAAGUUAACACUAUGAAUUUCUAUAGAGGUAACUUCUAUUAUCAUAAUCAGAAUGUUUUGUCACAUAGACUACAUUUAAGUAUCAUAAACUAUCAUUUUAUUAUUAUGAGCCAUUAUUUCAAUAUCCCUCUUUAUCACUUCACAAAACAUUUUUUAUAGAACAUGUAUCAUGGUACGGCCAACAUUUUAUCACGUUAACUCGAAAUUCAUAUUUUUACCGUAUCCUCGUAUUCAUUUCAGUAAAAACGAAUUAAAAUUUUUAGGGUAUAGCAUGAAUGUACUUUACACGUACAAUACAUGUAAAAUAUGAGGUAUUAAAUUCACAUUUUGAAAAAUUUCACUAAGCAAAAACUUAUAACGAUUACAUCUUUGUAUUGCCUUGUUAGAUAAAAAGUAACAUUUGAAAGAACAAAAAUAUUUUGUUAGAGCAAUACAGGAGAAUAAGAUUGCCAAAAAUGAUAAAUCUGUUAGCAGAUUAUACAACUAUGCUUAUGGAAGAGAUCAUAGGCAAGCCAUAAUCUAAGUACGUCAUUGAUUUGUUUAAAUGAGAUGUACGAACGACGUCUAUUAAUUCCUUUCUUUCAUGCGUUCUUCUGCAAAUUCACAUUCCCUUACCUUAUAAAAAAAUUAAAAACAAAAAAAAAAAAAAAAAAAACCGAAAA